GCUGAGGGAGCCGCCAUGGCCGCCGAGCUGUGCGGCGGGCUCCUGCUCUGCAGCGGGCUCCUGCUGUGCGUUUCUGGAAUGAUCCCAGAGCCCCGAAAUGCAAGAAUCACUUCAGUCAAUCUUCACAGCACCCUGCAGUGGGAUCCACCAAGGUUCCCCGGAGGGAACAUCACCUACACUGUCCAGUACAAGAGGUGGGGCUGGGGCUGGGCUGCCUUGAAUUCACAUCUCACAGCUCUGUUACUUGGGGCUUGUGUGCCAGGAGCUGUCCCUUUGUUUCAGCUUUUUCAGGUAGCUCAGGUGGACACCCAGCACAGCUCUGAGAUCCUGUCCCAGCUGGAGCCAUGGACAGUUUAUUGUGUCCAAGUGCAGGCUGUGAUUCCUGAGCUGAACAAGACAGGGCAGCUGAGCAGGGAGCUCUGUGAGCAGACAACCCACAAUGGUAACAUGGGCAACUGGGAAUCCUGCAACCACACACUGGGAUGGAUGGAACAGCUGGAGAGACCUAAUCCUCCCUUCCUCUUUCUUUCCCAGUUUCUGAGCAAACCUCCCAGUGCUUCCCAGCCUUUCCCUGCACUUCCUCAAGAAGAGCUCCUGGUUUAUGACAGGCUGACAGUGAUUUCCCAGGAAUCCCAAAGCCUCGGGGAAGGGAGUGGGGAAGAGCCCAGCGGGGCCCCAGAGCACCCUGAGGACUCUGCACAAGGAGAGCCCAACUCAGGAGUGGGAGCAGCCUCGGGAAAAGCCUGAACAUCCUCCUCGUCCUUCCUUGGGAAAGGAAGCCAGUGCACUUCUGGGUUUAUCCAUUUCUGCCUUCUCCAGCAGGAAAAACCCACAGACAAACACGUGCCCACACACUUUGGACAGAAUCAUUUUCUUUUUUUUAAGUACAAGAAACUUGGCUGUAAAUGAGGAAUGAAAUGAUCCAUAGCUUUGGCCAGUGUUGGUUGGGGCUCCCUGAGGAGUUGUAGCAACUCUGGCACUGAUUUUGACCUUAAAAAGCAAAUGUCCUAUUUUUAUAUAACACUAAUUAAUUUAACUUUGAUGAACUAUUUAUUGCAAAAACGAAUCAAAACGUUUAUAAAAGAAAACGGUAUUUUGUAAGGAAAGACCUGAUUUAUUUUUUUCUAAUGAGAAAUAAUGUGUUUUUAAGGAUGUCCCCACUGGCAUCAUAUUUCUAUGGAAUUUAUUCUUCCCUGAUUGAAAGUUGUGAAGUUUUUAGGGUGGGAUGAAAUGAUGUCUGUGGGAAACUUGGCAGCUGAAAUGGGAGUUAAAUCGGGUUCUUUUUAAUUAUCUACUGAUGUGUGUUCUGAAUUUUAAAAACCCAGGGAGCUGUGACUCCCUGCUCCAGAUCCAGCCUCACCUGCACAGGUGGGGAAAGGCUGCACUGGGGCAGGAGUGGGACUUUGCACGGGGCAUUAACUGUGUUUGUGUGUUACUGCACCCAAGUGAGAGUGAGAAAUUAAAUUUUGUCACCAAAAG